GUAAUCCAAAAUACUGAUUGCAGUAAUCUAAGCCUCUUAGUUCUGAAGAUCACAGCUGGAAUAAGCCCCAUCUCCUUCUUUCGAUAGCACAUUUGCUUCUAUAAAUCCCGACUACCGUGCCCGGCAACUGUUUUCUCUGCAUCUCUCACAGUUUCUCUCAGUCGAAACCUCUAAUUUUGAUCCGAAACGAUGCCGUGGAGGAUGUUUCGGUGGCAAGUCACCUUUCUGAUCGGUGCUUUCCUGCUGCUGCACUUUCAAACGAGGCUGGUUACUGCCAGAGCUACCAGGUCGUCGCAUUGGCAGACAUUGAGCGGUGAUGUCCCAGCAGUUGUUGCCAAGGGUGGUUUUUCCGGACUUUUCCCUGAUUCCAGUGAUUAUGCCUACAAGUUUACUAAAAUAACUGGUUCUCCAGAUACAAUAUCUUGGUGCGAUGUUCAAUUGACAAAGGAUGGUAUCGGUUUGUGUCUACCUAAUAUUAAAUUGGAUAACUGUACAAACAUUUCACAAUACUUUCCUGAUGGGAAGAAAAGUUACGUUAUCAAUGGUGUGCCAACAAUGGGAUGGUUUUCUGUGGAUUAUGAUGCUCGUAGCUUAUCAAAUAUCUCUGUGAUUCAAGGAAUUCUAUCCCGAUCUGAUAGAUUUGACGGUCUCUCAUUCCCUAUCCUUGCUCCUCAAGAUGUGGAUGGUUUAGUUAAGCCAAGUGCUCUUUGGUUGAAUGUACAGCAUGAUACCUUCUACAGGGAGCACAACUUGAGUAUGAGGAAUUAUAUUCUUUCUCUGUCAAAAAGUGUUCAAGUGAGCUACAUUUCAUCACCAGAAGUUGCAUUUCUUAGCAGCAUAGCAUCUCGAUUUAAGAGAACUAAGACGAAGCUUUUCUUUCGCCUUCUUGAGGAGGACAUUCAUGAACCCUCUACAAACCAAACAUAUGGUUCUCUUUUAAAAAAUUUGACAUUCAUUAGAACAUUUUCCUCUGGGAUUCUUAUUCCCAAGCAAUACAUUUGGCCUGUGACAUCUGAUCUUUACUUGCAACCUCAUUCAUCCAUUGUUUCUGAUGCACACAAGGAAGGGCUUGAGGUUUAUGCUUCCAACUUCGCUAAUGAUGCACUCUUGAGCUAUAAUUACAGCUAUGAUCCGUUAGCUGAGGUUCUUUCAUUUGUUGACAAUGGGGACUUCUCUGUGGAUGGUGUGCUCACUGACUUCCCCGUUACUGCUUCCGCAGCCAUAGGUUGUUAUUCUCAUUUAAGCAAAAAUAACUCCGGUCUUGGAAAUCCUGUUGUCAUAUCUCACAAUGGAGCUAGUGGUGUUUAUCCUGAUUGUACUGAUUUGGCUUAUCAGCAGGCUUUUGAAGAUGGUGCAGAUUUCAUUGAUUGUCCUGUUCAACUGACACAAGAUGGAAUUCCAAUUUGUAUGAGUUCUAUCAAUCUUAUGGACGUUACUAAUGCAGUAACUUCCAAAUUGCAAUCUCGUACUUCUGUUGUUCCAGCUAUUCAGAACGCUCCUGGAAUUUUUACAUUCAACCUUACCUGGGAAGAAAUAAAAAAAAAACUGAAGCCUGCAAUAUCAAACCCAGAAUUGUCGUACAGAUUAUCACGAAAUCCACGGAAUAAAAAUUCUGGAAGUUUCAUGAAGCUAUCUGACUUUUUGACGUUUGCAAAGAGCAAGUCACUAGCUGGAAUCUUGAUAGAAGUUGAGAAUGCAGCCUUUUACGCUGAGGACAUAGGCUACAGUGUAACCGAUGCAGUUAUCGACGCCUUGAAAGAUUCAGGAUACAACAAUCAAACUACUAAGCAGGUUAUGAUUCAGUCCACAAACAGUUCUGUUCUGAUCAAAUUCAAGCAGCAGACAAAUUACACUCUCGUAUACAAGCUCGAUGAAUCUAUCAGUGAUGUAGAUAAAUCAUCAUUGUCAGAUAUUAAACUCUUUGCUUCUGCUGUUGCAAUCAGCAAGCAAUCUGUAUAUCCUUCAAGCCUGCUAUUCGUUACAGACCAGACUGAACUGGUCAAGACAUUACAGUCUGCUGGCCUCGCCGUCUAUGUAUAUUUAUUCAGAAAUGAAUACGUUUAUCAGCCAUGGGACUUCUUUUCAGAUCCAAAUGUUGAGAUAAACUCCUAUGUCCAGUUGAUUGGGAUUGAUGGUAUCAUCACCGACUAUCCAGGAACUGCCACAAGAUACAGGAGGAACUCCUGCUUAAAGCUUGGUGAUAACCAGCCCAACUACGCAAAGCCUGUCAAAGGUGGUCAGCUGCUGGGAUUGGUUGCCACUUUGCCGCCGGCCUUGGCCCCGAUGCCAAUCCUUGAUUCUGCAGAUGUUACAGAGCCUCCGCUCCCCGCUGUCUCCGUACGGCCUUCAUCGAACGGCGGCAUUGCUUUGCCACCGGCGGCUCCAUCAGGGGCAUCACAGAGUUUAAUUAACUAUGGCUUACUCUUUUUUGCCAUGCUUCUAGUAAAUGUCCUAUGUUAAGAUGGCAAUACUCAGCGUUCAAACUUUCUGGAAAGCUGCUUUUAGUAAGUGAUUAACUGGUUUUGGUUUUGUGUUGUCAUCUAAUGAUUCUUUUUCUGCUUCUAACAUCAUCUGUGACUGGUCAGUGGUGUUCAUUCUCUCCCCAUUUUGACACCUUUUAAACCUUCUAUAGUGUAGUAGUUACCAUUGGUUGUGUUUUUAGCCUGCAAUUGUUGUUGAAUAUGGAUGACGGUUUCAGAUGA